CCUUGUUCAAGCUCUGUUCCACUUUACUUUUGAAACCGUGUCAGUUAGAAACACGGCAGAGGCAAACAGACAGAGAACAUUUUUAAAACAAUUUUUCUUUCACGCAUCGUUUCCAAACACGACGCGUUCCAAUUUAAAUCAGUCAUCCAUAAGACAUGGCUCAUAAACAAAUAUAUUAUUCUGAUAAGUAUGCCGACGAGCACUACGAAUACAGGCAUGUUAUGUUGCCAAAGGAACUUGCAAAACAAGUACCAAAAACUCAUCUAAUGUCAGAAGAAGAAUGGAGGCGAUUGGGUGUACAACAGAGUCUUGGAUGGAUUCACUACAUGAUGCACGAGCCAGAACCACACAUUCUUUUGUUCAGAAGACCUCUUCCAAAAAAUUGAGUGACGUUCUGGAAUCCUCAUUUCAAUCUUUUGGGACAUUGUAUAUAAUGUGGUAUUCAGUGAAUACUAGGGAGUGUACAAAUUAGUCAACCCCUGUGCAUGGGCUGUAUUCUUCACAGCAACAGAGCUCGGUUCAAUACAGAGGAGUAUGGCAAUGUAUUCUGUUUGUGUGUGAGGGGAAGAAACUAACCAUUAAAUACACAAAAUACCAGAUAUCAGAUUUGUGUUACCAUGUGUCUUCAAUGGCUUAUUUUGUAAAAUUUCUUUAAACAGCUUUAUAUAUAAAUAUGUUUUUGUUUUCAAUAAAAUUGUUGCAUAUACAUUCA